AUGCUAUCCUACCUUCUUUUUGGCGCAGUUGUUUUCCUAGUGUAUGUUUUUAUCAAAACAAUCAGAAAUGAGAAAUCGAAGAUUAUCGCAAAGAUUCCGGGUCCUAAAGGGAUACCCCUCUUUGGGAAUGCACUUCAAGUUGACCUUGAGCAUAUUCACAAAGAUUUACUUAGAUGGACAAAGGAGUACGGACCGAUCUUCAAGUUGAACUUUGCUGGGGACUUAGUAGUUGUACUUAACAGUUAUGAUGCCAUCUACGAAGCUCUUGUCACGAAAUCAGCAGAUUUCGCAGGCCGACCAAAUGACACAUUCAGAGUUAAAGCUUUCUCAAAAAACGAAGAUGUCAUAUUUGAAGACUACACGGACAAAAUUAAAUAUAUGAAGAAACUCAUGCUCCAAGGACUAAAGAUGUACGGCGAGGAACGUUCGAAUAUAAUCAAGAUCACCCAAAGUGAAGUCAACUUAUGUAUGGAUAAAUUUGCCGCUAAAAACAACGAGCCGUUCUAUUAUGACGACGCUGUUGAAACGAUGAUUUUGAAAAUCCUUGCAGAAGUAAUAGGCGGGGUUCAGUUUGCGGACGACCACCCUUACAUCAAACAAAUAGCCGAGUUUCAAAAUAAAGCUGGAAGAGUAAUGUCAGCAGGCAAUGGAGUGGAACUAGACAUGUUUCCUUGGCUACGGUUUUUCGGAAAUCAAAAUUUUAAACUACUGACGGAGUCGUGUAGUUUAAGGGAUGCUGCAAUGAGUGGAAUGCGGAUAGAAUGUGAGAAAUCACUUGAUUCGAACAAUAGUGUUAUGGCUGGAUUUAUAAGAGCCCAAAGAGACCCCCUAACUCCGCACCAAAUAUCGGAUUACAACAUAAUAAUGACUUCGGCGAAUCUCAUUGGUGCAGGAUUAACCACGACUAAAGCCACCAUCUCUGGAUUGUUUCUUCUACUGAUGAGGCAUCCAGAUAUACAGGCAAAACUACAAGAAGAGGUUGACCAAGUUGUCGGCAAAGACCGGAAUCCAAGUGUUGACGAUAAAGAAAGCAUGCCGUACCUUCAAGCGACGCUUAUCGAAGUGUUACGUUAUUUGACGCAUGUGCCAAUUUCGGUACCCCAUAAAACGUUGGUAGACACGAGUGUUGCAGGAUAUGAUGUUCCAAAGGGAACACAGGUUUGGACGAACAUAUUUGCAAUGCACCACAAUCCUGCAAUGUUCCCAGAUCCUUGGCAGUUUAAACCAGAACGUUGGUUGGAUAAUGACGACAAAUUGGUAUCUUUAGAGGAACGAAACAAAGCUAUUUCGUUUGGAGCUGGUCGACGUGUUUGUGUCGGGGAACAAUUUGCAAGAACCAGAUUAUUCCUGUUUUGUGCUACAUUGUUGCAGAAAUUCACGAUCAGUCCACCAGAUGGCUCUCAAAGUCCGUCUCCUGAUCCACGUGACUUUCCUCUCGGAAUUGUACUCCACCCUGUGCCAUUUCAAAUCAAAGCAAUAGCGAGACAAUAA